AUGUUGCUUGCAGACUCAGAGAUGGGAGACUUCGAUACUGGGCAGCAUAGUCCGGAACGCUUACCAACCGUGACCGCCCUCGAUAUCUAUCUUAAUCUUGCAUCAUCUGCCGUUGGCUCUGUCGUUAUCCGCCGACCAAAUCCUAUCCGGACAGAUCGAUUUUCUGGUCACCUUAUUCUAGAUCUAAUACUGGUAAGACUGUCGCGCCUGCAGUCCCCUUCUGCGCCAAUUCUCACUCGAACCCCUGCACCCUUUUUUGUUGCGGGUGCCGAGCCAGCCAAUAGCAGGAGACCCCAGCAGCCUCCCAGUCAACCCUUUCCUCCGCCUGGUUCGUUCAGACUGGAGGGUGGCCCUCGCUCUCCGCAGGACCACUCACGAGGAGGGGAAUUCCAUCAAACUGCUCUCUUCACUCACUCGAUUGCGCCGUCCCAACCCCCUCACACACCCAUAUCCGUUCCCUUUCUCUUCCCCCGGCAAGUCCAAGUCGAAAGUCCCUCGCCAGAGUCUGAACGGUUUGACACCUCUCGCCGUAACCCCUGUUCGACCGCCCAGCCUCCAAUCCAGCCUCUCUAUACCAGACGAGACGACGGAGGCAGCGAAAGAGAAAUCAUUGUAGAAAAAAAAGAAGACAGAAAGCCAGUCAAGGCGCAACUGGAGCUUCACGACAUUUCAUUUUAA